AACCCCUCUCCCCGCACGCACGUGCGCCCCUCUAACUCGCCCGCCGCCCCGGUCAACCCCGCCAGCCGGCGGCCCGCGCGACGCGACGCAUGCAGAUGCGGAUCGAAUGCCGCCUGCCAUUCUGGCGGGAGGCGCUCCUUCCUUAAACUAUUCCCCUCCGUGCGACAGUUGUCCCCUCCCGCGGCUUAAAGAUUCCACCGACCCCCAAUGGCCGUGCGUUACCCGGCCUCCCCCGACCCCUUGCCGGAUUCGAGGGGCCGGGGCCCGGCGUCGGCUUGCGGAGCUGGUUUUCCUGGCCGGUAGGGACUGCCGUGGGCGAUUGGUGAGUGGCGGCUUCCUGCCUGCGGGUUUUGGGAUUCUGGGAGAGGAAGAAGGUUUCGACUUCGCCAGAGGUUCUUGCAGGCUAAGACUUAAAUAUUACUAAGGAAACCUUCUACCGGGUUCAGCGUAUAAUGGCAUCCACCGGUGGGGAAAAAAUGAAGGGUUGUGGCCCAAAACUUUUCAAUGCAAAGGGGAAGAAAGCUGCUAAGAGCACAGACAAUCGGAGCUGCCAUGCUGCUGAGCCUGGGCCAAGUUCUUCUAAAGUGGCAUUAUCUCCCCCCUUAAGAACACUUUCAGAAGUUAGGAGCAUGCGUCUCAGCCAUUUCCUUGCCCAAUCUUCAAAUAACACUACAACUGAACCCAUCAGAAUAUUUGUUUCCACCUGGAAUGUUGGAGGAAAAACCCCUACUGCUGCAUUGAACCUUGACGAUUUUCUUCCACCCGAUGACAAGUCAGAUAUUUAUGUUUUGGGUUUUCAGGAAAUUGUUCCCCUCAAUGCUGGUAAUGUGCUUGUCAUAGAAGACAAUGAACCAGCUGCUAGAUGGCUUGUUCUUAUAAACCAAGCACUAAACCGACCAGCUGACGUUGAUGCCAACGUCUUUCAGCAUGAGCCGUCUCCUUCUGUUGAUUCUUCUUCCUCUCGAGCUUCAUCAAGUCUUGAUACAUCAUUCUCUGACCUAUCAAAAACAGCAAGUGGUGCCGCAAUCUUCCAAAAGUCCUUGCUAAAAGCGAUUAGCAAAUCUUUCAUGCCAGUCCGCAGAAAACAACUUAAGGCCUGCAAUUGCCCGGUAGAAAUGACCAAAACAUCCUACAGGGAUGCUUGCUUUCGGUGCCCAAAAGCCUAUGCAGAUGAGACGGAUUCCUCUGAAGAGGAUGAAGAAGAGGAAGUGAAAGACAAAGAGAAAUCAAGGGACUCUUAUGGCUCUGUGACCGAUGGAAUUAGUUCUGCUCCUGCUGCAAGGGAUCAACUAAAAUAUAAUCUCAUAGUGUGCAAACAAAUGGUUGGCAUUUUUGUUACUGUGUGGGUGAAAAAAGAACUAGUACAGCAUAUUGGCCAUCUAAGAAAAUCUUGCAUAGGGCGCGGAAUUCUGGGCUGUCUUGGAAACAAGGGAUGUAUAUCAGUAAGCAUGACACUGCACCAGACGAGCUUUUGUUUCGUCUGCAGCCAUUUGGCUUCAGGCCAGAAAGAAGGUGAUGAAUUCAGGAGAAAUUCGGAUGUUCUAGAGAUACUGAGGCUCACAAUGUUUUCUAGGAUUUGUCGGAGAUCUGGAAGAAAAAUCCCAGAGAAAAUUCUUGAACAUGACAAGGUGAUAUGGCUCGGGGAUCUGAACUACCGCAUUGCACUGAGCUAUGCGGACACCAAGAAACUUUUGAUGGAAAAUAAUUGGGAUGCCCUUUUUGAAAAGGAUCAGCUUAAAAUUGAACGAGAUGCUGGGCGAGUUUUUAAGGGUUGGAAUGAAGGGAAGAUAUAUUUUGCUCCAACGUACAAGUACUCAUUUAACUCAGAUGCUUAUGCUGGUGAGACUGCAACAUCAAAGAAAAAGAGGAGAACACCAGCAUGGUGUGAUAGAAUAUUGUGGCGUGGGGAUGGUAUCAUGCAAUUAUCCUACUACCGUGGAGAGUCUAGAUUUUCUGACCAUCGUCCAGUUUGUGGAACCUUCGUUGUUGAGGUCGAGGUACUUAACCAAAGGACAAAGAGGCGCUCAUCAAAUGCUGACAUGAGAAUUGGUGCUGAAGAGCUCUUACCAACGGGCAAGGGUAAAGGCACUGCACGAAAUGUGACCUUGCCUAGAGUAUGAUGAAUAUGGGCCUGUUUGUUUGAGCUUCCUGGGAGCUUCUCAACUUGAAAAACCAGAAGCUCAAACAAACACCAAACUUCUGGUGCAGUUUCUGGAAAGCUGGAAAACCAGAAAAGCUGAGUUUAUAUGGAGCCUUUUGAGCUCAGAAAGCUAAACACAUCUUCUAAAAGCUAGUGUUGGAUUUUUAGAAGAAAAAAAAGACAGCUUUUCAGAAAAGCUCAAAGCUGCAGCUCAAACAAACAGGCCCUAUAUCUAACUUAGGUACCAAAAAAAAGGUGAAGCACUUAAGAGGCUGUGUGUGCUUGAUGACUUAGCAAAAGUUUAAUAAGAACUACAUUGCUUAACCAGUAUAGCAAAGUUAGGUUGUAUUUCCCUGAAAACGGUUAGUCAUAUAUAUUCGGUAUCAUGUUUACCACCUGAUGUUCAUUGUGAGGUAGGUCAUGUUUAGGUUGCAAAAAAAUUGCAGCGACCCUUUUUUUGGUCCGUUCUUUCUUCAGGUUAUCCAGAAGCAUAAUUGCACUGAGGCAAAAACAAUUUUUUGUUUUGAAAAAAUAGCAGGAUACUUAAUCUACGGCUCCUCCCUUGUGUUUGACUUCACUGGAAGUAUGGAACUUCAACCGUGUAAAAGCAGAGUCCGUUUGGCAAGACUGCGGCUCCUUCAAAAGUGGUCCUAACUUCAGCUCCAGUAGUGGGGUGGCUUCACUGAUAGAGUUGAAGUUAUUUUGAAAAAUAUUUGACAAAGCAGCUUAAUCUUACUUUUUAUAAAUGGAUUGAAGAGUGAAAACCAUUUUGAGCUUCA